AUAAAAUAACAUAUAUUUCAUGUAUUUUUCAGUAAACUUGGAGAGUUAGGUCUGCAUUUAGAUUCAAGAAAAAUAAAAGUACAUGGUGACACAGUAAAGGUCAAGAAAACGAAGGUGCAAAAGUUGGAAAAAGAUAUGAAUGUCAAACAUUGGAUAGAGGAAGUUGUGCAAUUGCGGUUACAAAUGCAAAUUGAGGAGCUGCAUAAAAAUAUUCAAUUUUUCAAACAAGAAAACGAGUAUAUUAGACACCUUUCAGAAAAAUGUCGCUGUUUAUCAGAAGACAUAAACAAUUUACAGCCAUUUCUACCGAUUGGAGAAACAUAUUCUGUUUCAGGACAACAAUUUACGACAACGAUUAAGCACUUACAAACAAAAUAUCACAAUCCACACGGAAUAAUAGCCACAUUAACCGAAUUGUUUCAAAGUUCAAUAAACAUUCAACAAAUCGCUGCGAAACUAUUAGCACCGUUUAAAGAACAUUGGAACCCGGGAGAAAACAUUGCAACGACUCAUGUAUCAUCUGCUUCAGAAGCGCAGGCUCUUUCGGAGAAAACAAAUUCCACGAUAUUCGACGUUUAUUAAAAUAUUUAGAUUAUAUA